AGAACUCAACAUGUCAUGUGAAGCACACAUGCAUAUAGACCUUUACCUCCUUACAUGCUUAAAAUAAAGCUUCCUUCAGCUUAAUUUCCAAAGCACCAAGACAAGACUCGGCAAAAUGACCCGCUCCCUAGUGAUUUAUUUUUCACUUUGGACCCUGCUUUUGAUACGUUUCUCCACAAAGGGUGUUCUGGGGGAGCCACCAUUUUCUGCAAUGUUUGUGUUCGGAGAUUCAUUGGUGGAUAAUGGGAAUAACAACUACCUCAUCACCUUAGCAAAAGCAAAUUUCAAUCCUUAUGGCAUUGAUUUUUCAGAGGGUCCAACUGGAAGAUUCUCUAACGGCAAAACUGUCACAGAUAUCCUAGGGGGAAUUGUAGGUCUUCCUUUGCUACCAACUUUUAUUGAUACCAUUAGACAAGACAAAAACAUUUCCUGGGGUGUCAACUAUGGUGCAGCAGCUGCUGGUAUAAUGGAAGAGACGGGGCGAAAUUUGGGAGAAUGCAUUAGCUUUAGUCAGCAGGUGCAAGACUUUAAAACAACCGUAAGCCAGCUGAAGAUCCAAAUGGAACCCAGGAAAUUGAGUAAACACUUGGAAAAUUCACUGACAGUAGUGAUCCAUGGCAGUAAUGAUUACAUAAACAACUAUCUCGUGACUGAGCAAUAUACAUCAAGCUCCCUCUAUAAGCCACAAAAUUAUGCCGAACUUCUCAUUCAGCGUUACAAAAGCCAAAUUUUGAUUCUGCAUGGUUUGGGACUCAGAAAAUUCUUUCUAGCAGGACUUGCCCCACUUGGUUGCAUACCUUACCAAUUAUCCAAAGAAUUUGCCCCUCCAGGAGAGUGUAGAACUUAUGUCAACGACAUAGCAGACAUGUUCAAUGUUUUGUUGAGAUCUCUGGUGGAUCAACUGAAUGCUGAGUACCAUGGUUCAAUUUUUGUGUAUGGUAACACUUCCGGAAUUUUCAGGGAACUGAUUAGCAAUGCAAAAACAUAUGGGUUCACGGUAACUGAUAGUGGGUGUUGUGGUAUUGGGAAAAACAAAGCACAGAUAACAUGUUUACCUGAGUUUGUUCCAUGCAAUGAUAGAGACAAAUACGUGUUUUGGGAUGCCUUCCAUUCCACUCAAGCAGCUAACAAAAUUAUUGCUCACAAGGUUUUUACUGGAUCACCUUCUGAUUGUUACCCUGUUAACGUCAACCAGAUGGCACAAAUUAUUCAGGACCGAUAGUGAUAGCAGUGACUAAUCUCCUCGCUACGUUAGAGGCACCUCAAAGUAUGGAAUAGCUGAUCCCAAGAUUUAAUGUGGCUGCAUACACAAGGCAAGAUUUGAACCACUGACCUUGCUUAAGUGUGGAUCAACCCCUACCGCUAAAUCACAUUCUUGGAGUUUUUGGACUAAUAUAAUUAUCAAUUCGUACUUUUAGAAACGUAUUUUAUAAUUUCUUAGUUUCUGGGAUUAAUAUGAUUUGUUUUUUAAAUUUAGAUACAAAUUUGUAUGUUUAAUCCCUAAUUUUUAGUAUUAAAUAUUUGAUU